GCCAAUCUUAUCUUCUGCGUUCCACCCGGGCUCCUCAUAGUCUCCGCUCCUCACAAACCAGGCCGCCGCCGCCGCUGCUCGCGUUCCUCGAAUCCCUAGCUCUACCACCCUCGUUGCUACCAAUCUCACCUUACCUUGCUCCUAUCCUCCUUCGAGAUCCCGUUCAUGCUCAGCCCGUCGUAUCCUCCCCAAUCCCCAUCCCAGAUCCGGAAGCUUGGGGUCAGCUUCGAGGGUUCUGCGGGAUGGACGACAAGGCAAAGAUGGAGAGCAAGCUCCCCUCGGCGGCGGCGUUCCUGCAGGCCGCUGCGCGCCUGGCCGUGCAGGCCUCCGCCCGGCGCCCCGAGGUCCCAUCCAGGCUGCCGCCCUACACCCCGCCAGGAGGCCGUCCUGCAGGCUGCCGCCGUGCGCCCCGAGCACAGCAAGCAGGAGGCCCUCACCUCCACCGCUGCUGGAUUUGUCGAUUCCAUUUCCACCAGAUCGAGGCGGCGACGGCCGAAGAGGGCAACCUCGACCUCAGCAGCAGCGGGUCAACACGCUCGUGUCCAAGAUCUGCCUCUGAUGCGUAGAACUCCGCCACCACCGUUCAUCUCCUCCUCGGGUUCUCUCUCCCCCUGUAUCCAGGUGAGACCUCACUUUGGACGAAGGAGUGCAAUAGAAUUGAAAGCUCUACAUAAUUCUAGGUGGCGAACAGGCUCCAAGCUCAUGUGCAGCUGUACAUAUUUUCUAAUUUUGAAAUUGGAGAUUGUAAUUUGUAAGAUGUUUAAUGUGCUAGUAAAAUUCUACAUCAGAUCUCGUCUCUUCGCCAGAUGUGUAAUGUGCUGCAUAAUUUCCAUUGCAGACGUAUCACCAACGGUUUCUGUUCAACUCUUGCUACCUAUUGCCUUCGAGCAACUGCAAAGAGGAGCACCAAGUCUGAUGUUUGUGCACGUCAACAACAACUUGAGUCUGAACUUGAGAGUCCGAAGCAAGGUGGUAAUCACAAGCAAGUAGCAAAUCUUAGGUUACCAGGAUGAGUUGCAUUCUUUGAGAUUUUAAUACUGUAACAUGUAUCUGUCUGGAUUCUUGUAAUUGUGGAGUACUAUAUGGCUAUCUGAGAUUAAAUAUAAAUUAUUUGAUUUUAAAUUUGCUUUGGGCUA